AAUGCGAAACUAUGCCUAUGCUACUACAUAGCCCUUUACACAACCGAAUCGGCUUUCGUCCCUAAACCAUAAAAUUGGUUCUUAUGUAGCCUAUGGAUCCAGUGUGUGAAACGAAACAUUCCGUCAUUCUAGUGCUCCGCUGUCAGCCUUUCAAUUGGACGAAUGGAUAACCCCCGCGCACGCUGAGAGCGACUGCCAUCAGUGCGUGGAUUAAACUGAUUCAAAUGCUUCACUGAGUGAGAAGACCGCAGAGCACUACUUAAGAUAGCACUUUGUUCACCUUAAUUUUCCGAAACAUGGAUGCGACGAUUUUUCAAAUCUUCAUUGGGGAGUUUGGUGAUCCCAACUGUAGUCUCAUGGAUGCUUUUCAGGACACCUUUUAUGAGAAUGCAUCUUUCUCAUUAAUGAAUUUUGACGGUAUUUAUUGUAAUGCCACAACAGAUGAGAUCGGAACUUGCUGGCCAAGGAGCAACUCGGGUCGAAUUGUGGAGCGACCAUGUCCGGAGUACAUCAACGGAGUUAAAUACAACACCACAAGAAGUGCUUACAGAGAAUGCAUGGAGAAUGGGACCUGGGCUUUCAGAAGUAAUUAUUCAAAUUGUGAGCCAAUUUUGGAAGAGAAGAGAAAAUAUCCCAUGCAUUACAAGAUUGCUUUAAUCAUAAACUACCUUGGCCAUUGUAUAUCUGUGGGAGCUUUAGUUGUGGCCUUCAUACUGUUCCUCUGCUUAAGGAGUAUUAGAUGCCUUCGUAACAUAAUCCACUGGAACUUGAUUACCACCUUCAUCUUAAGGAAUGUCAUGUGGUUUUUACUACAGCUGAUUGAUCACAAUAUUCAUGAAAGCAAUGAGCCAUGGUGCCGCCUUAUAACAACAAUCUAUAACUACUUUGUGGUGACCAAUUUCUUCUGGAUGUUUGUGGAAGGCUGUUACCUCCACACUGCCAUAGUGAUGACUUACUCCACAGAUAAGCUCAGGAAGUGGGUGUUCCUGUUUAUUGGAUGGUGUAUUCCAUGUCCAAUUAUUGUGGCGUGGGCUAUAGGAAAGCUGUACAAUGAAAAUGAACAAUGCUGGUUUGGGAAGGAACCUGGAAAAUACAUUGACUACAUUUAUCAAGGGCCUGUGAUUCUUGUUCUGCUGAUAAAUUUCGUAUUCCUUUUCAACAUUGUAAGAAUUCUUAUGACAAAACUGAGAGCAUCCACCACAUCUGAAACUAUACAGUACAGGAAAGCUGUGAAGGCCACAUUAGUUCUCCUGCCCCUACUUGGAAUUACCUAUAUGUUGUUUUUUGUGAAUCCAGGGGAAGAUGACAUAUCUCAAAUAGUGUUUAUUUAUUUCAAUUCAUUUUUACAGUCAUUUCAGGGUUUCUUUGUGUCAGUAUUUUACUGCUUCCUUAAUGGAGAGCUAGUUGACUUUGCACACAGGCUGAGAAUUGAUGCCGAGAGAAAACAACGUGUCUGGCCUUCUCAUAUGCUCUAUCAUCAGCAACUAAAAUGCCAACACAGUCAGUCUCCACACAGGAAGCCUUCAAAGAGACACAAAGACUUGCCUGCCAAUUAGUCUGUGUAUGUGCACACACAGGAGGUUUAACAGAUGUGGCGGAAGGCCAGGUCCAAUGGAACAUAGCAAGAAAACUGCCAACGUCACCUCCAGUUGCUUUUAGAUCUCACAAACUUUUAACAGCUGUCGUUUAUAUCACUGUUUCGUCGUCAUCGUGUUAAGACUGUGGCAGGGUUAUGUAAGCCCAGUGGCGAGUUCAUGUAAAGUGUUACCUGAGUUCCGUGCUGCCUGUCUUAUUUGAUGUUCCUCUUUGUUGUCAAAGCCCCGUGGGCAAGACGGACGUGGAUAACUGAGUUGCUCAGUGUGAAUCAGGCUGCCCUUCAUUUGUAUUAUUUCCAUUAUCUGGACAAACGUGUCUUUGAUUUUCUGACAGGACGACCCUGAAUGCUCUUGUAUCACAAAGAGUAUUUUUUUAGAAAGUCAAAAGAUUGUCUGCGAUUUAAGAAAAAGGACGGAGUAGAUUAAAGUCUUGUCAGUCUUCAAAUCCAUCAGUUCUGACUUUAAUCAGGGUCAAGGUUAAGCUCUGUGUAAAGAAUAGCUUUAUUGCAAGUGAACUCUAGUAUCACAAUAAGGUACAGGAUGUCCUCAUCAGACCAGAGAACAUUUAGUAUAGUACACUUGCAGAUAUCGGAAUUCCAGAAAAAGUUAUAUGUUUUAGUAGUAGUCAGCCCCAAUACAAGAAAAUUAGGGUUUAUCACAGAAGAUUGGAAACUAACAUGUUUCUAGUUUUAAAUGAUAUACUACUACUAUUGCAUUUCCCAAGUAAAGUGGAUAUAUGGAUCAUCCUGUGUUCCAUUCCAUUUUCAUUCCAGGCAAGAUUUUAUAGUGAAGGAAUAUGGACACCAGAAUAAUGGUGACCCCUCAAAUUGUGCAUUUAGUAUUUAGUUCUUUUAUAGGAAAUCUUUGAAAUCUUUGAAAUCCUAGGUGUCUGACAAGGUUCAAUGUUAACUAUCUCGGACUUACAGUAUACACAGUUUAGAUUCAUUUAAAGCCAAUAUAUAACAGCCAAACAAGUUUUGUAGACUUUUGCCCUUUUAUCUAAUUAUGUAAACAUGGCAUUUCAUAAUCAUAAUCACUACAGAAUUUUUUCAGUUAGUCAUAGCUUUAAGUGUCCGUAAAAUCCUAGCAAACAUUUCUGAAGGCUUCUGCACAGUGAACUUCCUCUGCCUGAUUUCCUCAAAUGUCCUGGUAUUUAUUAUAUUGCAAGUGCAAGUCAUUGUGUAUGGAAGCCCAAAGUUGUGAGAUCAGUUCAAACUUAUAUAAUGGCCCCAUUUUGUUGAGAUCUUGACAUGUUUCUCAAGAACUCUGUUUUCUAUAUCUGCAUUUGGGCGUCUACUGUAUAUCAGGGACACGUAACCAAGAAGACGGCUUGUUGGCAAAGUGAGCUUGACGUUGCAACAGAAUAUAUUGAUGAUAAGUUUCCCAAUGGGGCCUUGGGAGACUAGGUUUCUAAUGUGUCAUACAGCUGAAUUAAAACAAACCUUGAUUAACUUUCUCAUCAUAAAAGUAAAAGCUAUGUGCUUGGUGUUUGACUAUAGGUCCAUGUGAAGUCAUCCAAUACCUCAAAUAGGUUGACGUUUCAAACAAUCCAAAUAGGUUGUCAUAUCCCGAGGUUUCUCAUGUGGAUUUUCUCUCAAGCAAGACUAUACAUUUCAGCCACCAUUUAGCCUAGAGCAUAAGUAUUAGAGUAUUAAUUUCUUAUGGGUAAACAGUGUUGACCUAUAAUUUUCUCAGUAUUUCAAAUUAUUUAAUUAUGUCAUUAUUUCAGGAAAAUAGUGUUUCGAAAUGUUGAGAUCUCAAGAAAAAUAUAGUAACUAAAUAUUUCACCAAAACGGGUUCACGAUUCAAAUGAAAAGUUGAUGGCAGUGUAGGGCCACCAUAAUCCUUUACUUAGACACAAAGGAAUGUCCCCAAGCUCUCCUCACUCAGGUGCAUGGAGUAUGAAAAAACAAAAGCAGCCUACUGUGGGCUGCUUUGUGGAUUAGUGGAUCAAAUUGUUCCUUCUGCCCAUUCUAGCAUUCACACAUACAUUACCAGCAGGACAAUACUGUAGGUUGUACAUAUGUAAUAAUACCUCUUGUUUUAUAUUAAUUACUAAAUACUGUGAAGUGUGAAAUAUCUUAAUUUAUCAAACUAAAGAGAUGUGGAGUAUGGGAGUCCCCAACUUCUUUUUUUUUUUUUUUUUUGUUGACUCAGAUCACCAUUACUGUACAUAAUGCACUUUUAUGGAUAAUGAACAAUCAACUAUUCCACCUAUUUGGUUCGUCUGGAUCCUGAGGGUGCCUAGGGAUGCUCAACACAUCAUUAGACAAGUAAACAAAGAAGAAAACAUUGACCUACAUGAUGUAAACUUCAACAGAAGGGAAAAAUAACAAUAUUGAAGACAGUCCAGUGCAAUGCACAGUCACUCCACAUAAAACAACCAACAAGCACUUGUACUCUCCAAGCCUUGCUCUGAUGUUGUGUUGUGUAUUCUAAGGCCACCAAUGAGUCCCCACCGAGGAGUAAUUGGACCAAAGAUGUUAGGUAUACAGUACAUAUACUAGAAUAUUAGCUAUUGUAUGUCUACUGUUGUACACAUUGAGAGUUCCAUUUACUUUAAUGAUACGACACAAUGAUACUAAACUAGUAUCUGUGACAAAGUGUCUCAGUCAUUUUUCUAAGAUGAAACAAUGUACUGUGUCUGUCUGUCAGUGAGUAGGUGUGUAUAAUUGCAUCUCAUCUAGUUUGAAUAGAAAUGCCAUUGUUGCCUUAAACAAAUAUAAAGACAUUGUAAAUAUAAUGUUUGUAAAUUGUGUAUUCAUGUGAUGGUGUUGAAUUUCUACAAGAAUAUAAGUCAAUAAAUUAAUAAGGUCA